AGUCAAUGGAAAAACAUCCUACGGUAAGGAUUAACAGCAGCAAUCCCACCUAAGGAUGAACGUCUUCACUGGGUCAUCUUGAAGAAAGUUUUAAACAUUUAAAACAUUUUGUCUGUAGCAAGACUAUAUGUGUAAUGUGCACAGAAAAAGUAGUUAAGCACUCCUUGAUUAUAUAUACAGUACUUAAGAUUUCAGAUUUAAAAAAUCAAUUGAGGUCGCAUAUUAAUAUUUUUCAAAUGGAGUUGGUUUGGUGUUGUUCAGAAAGGGUGCCGGUGUUCCUUAGAAGACCUACCCUGCCUCCUCGCAUAGCCCUUUAUUGGAUUUGAAACAGUGGGAGCCUAAUAACACCUCUGUAAAGUUCUCAUUAGAGCAGUUCCCAGUGGUAUCAGGAAUGUUUUUUAUCUCAUAUCAUGCUACAGCAAAUUUUUAAAAUGCUUUGUAAGAGUGAUCUCUUGGUCUAAAAAAGCAAACUUUUUACUUCUGAUCGUUUUACUUUUAGCUUCGGAAAAAUGGCCAAAAGAAUUGCCGAGAAGGAAUUGACAGACAGGAAUUGGGAUCAGGAAGACGAAGCAGAAGAGGUGGGAACAUUCUCAGUGGCCAGUGAGGAAGUCUUGAAGAACAGAGCCAUAAAGAAAGCCAAGCGUAGAAAUGCUGGAUGUGAAUCUGAUGGUGGGGGGGCCUUUAAAGGCUUCAAAGGGCUGGUUGCUCCUUCUGGAGGAGGAGGAGGGUUUUCUGGAUUCGGGACCUGUGUAGGAGGGAAGCCUUUGGAAGGACUGUCGAAUGGCAGCAGCAUGGCCGGUGCCCCGUCUUUCUCCAGUUCAAGGGCCACAACCAAGACCAAGGUGACCUUUGGAUCUUUUGCUGUAAAUGGCCCCACCUCCUUUGUUGGUGAUAAGGUUUCAAAUCCCAAAACAAACGGUGACAGUCAGAAGCCUUCUUCCUCUGGUGUUGCCUCAAGCCCCGCCCAUCACGGGAACACAUACCACAAGCAGCUGGCGGCCUUGAACUGUUGUGUGCGGGACUGGAUUGUGAAGCACGUGAAUGCAAACCCACUGUGCGACCUGACACCUGUCUUUAAAGACUAUGAGAAGUACCUAGCAGGCAUUGAGCAGCAGCAGCGGCUCGACGACAGUGAGAGCAGCGACCCGGCAAGGGAAUCUGGCAAAAUGCCCCUCAACUCACCGUCUCCUGCCCUAUUUGGUUCAACAAAGUUACAGCAAGAGUCAACAUUUUUGUUUCACGGGGACAAAACUGAGGGUACCUCUGAAAAGGAGACACAGGCUAUGCCUGAAAAAAAGGGGGACCCAUCACUAGGAGCGACAAGUGCCUCGUUUAAUUUCGGCAAGAAAGUUGAUGGUUCUGUUUUGGGCUCCUUAAACUCUAGCCCCCUGGCUGGGUUUUCAUUUCCUUCUGGAAACUCCAGUUUAUUUGGCAAAGAUACUACCCAGAGUAAACCAGUAUCUUCACCAUUCUCCAUUGCACCGCUGGAGAGCCCAGCAGGCGGCAGCAGUGCUGGCUGCAAAGGUGGAGAUGAAGAAAAUGAGGAGCCGCCCCGAGUGAUAGUCACCGAAGUGAAGGAAGAGGAUGCCUUUUACUCCAAAAAGUGUAAACUUUUCUACAAGAAAGACAGUGAAUUUAAAGAGAAGGGUGUCGGCACUCUGCAUCUGAAGCCCACAGCGAAUCAGAAGACACAGCUGCUGGUGCGGGCAGACACCAGCCUAGGCAACAUACUGCUGAACGUCCUGAUUCCACCCAACAUGCCGUGUACCCGCACAGGGAAGAACAACGUGCUGAUUGUGUGUGUCCCCAACCCCCCGGUGGACGAGAAGAACACCAGCGCGCCAGUGACCAUGCUGAUUCGGGUGAAAACUGCCGAGGAUGCAGACGAGCUGCACCGAGUCUUACAGGAGCAGAAGGACGCCUGAGCGCCUGGGCCCGGCUGCGCCAGAGAGCCGCUCCCCGCCCUCUGUGUAGUUAGUCUUUCAUUGAUAUUUUGAGGACCUUUAGAUGACUUAAAACUUUUGUGAGGAAGAUUAAUAUGGCCAAUAAAACCUUUAAUGUUUAGUGUCGAGAAGCUGUAUUCUCCCUUCUUAACUGUCCAAAGUGUAAAUACAUUUGAAAGAUAUUUCAGGAAAGAUUUUUAAUGUUCAUUUAUUAAACUAACCACAAGUGAUUUCUUAAUGGACUGAAAUCAGGGUAUCGUGUGGACUUCCCAAAGGCUUUUCCCACCCAUGGGUUUGGCAAGGCUCCCAAGGGUGGGGUCCAGAGGAGCCAGGCCUGCCGCCUUCCGUCCAGAUGGAGCCGCUGCCCAGCUGGGCAGGUGUGUGCUUUCUUUUAAGUGUUCUUUUAAAGCUGUGAUGUGGGCACCAAAUGUCACCUUCAGCGUCAGGGCCGCUCAGCAGACGGCCUUUCACUCUGGAGGCUGUUGUGAGGGACUCAGGAGCUGCUUAACCUUUUAAAAGGAAACAGGUGGCUUGUUCUUUGGUUUCGAAGUUUAUUUAUGAGGUGCUGUUACUUCCUUGUCCCCCUCGUGACAAAUGGAGAGACGGGGGUUGCCAGGAAUGAGGUUUAAAAGCACAAUUUUGGUAGCUUACAGUUUGUAAACCAUGUAAAAAAGUUAAGUCAGAGUUAAGUCAUCCUACAGAAAGGAAGCGAAUAUGCUUAGUUGUACCGCGGCAAACCCUAUGGAUCUAAAAACUGCUUACUGCUUAAGUCUAAGAGCUUUUAUUACACACAAGCCGUGUGAGUUAACCAGGAAAGCUGCAAGGAGGCAAUAAGGGGAAAGUCAUGUGUGUAAAUGUCGCCUUUAACUUAGGCUAGUCCACAUUUGACGGCUGAAGUUCAUUUCCUUUUUUUUUUGAGUAAAUCGUUCAGGAAGUCCGUGAGGAAGGAGGCACAGUUGGCCCAGGAAUACUGUGUCUCCCCCGCGGCCGUCCGGUAGCCAUACUAGCUUCUCUGAGGACUGGGCGCGUGAGUAGGUGCGGAUCUGAAGGCUGAAUUGUCUGUGUUCGUGGCUCGUUUAGUGCUGGCACCGGGCGAUCUUCUUGUUUGAGACUCAGGGUCAGUGCCUGAGGGCUCACUCUCUGUGUUCUGAUCUUCAGCACAUCUUCUGACUUAGAAAACAGGAAUCAAAAUAAUUGAGAUAGUGUGUUUGCUUUUUUAAAAAACCUAUAAUUUUUAGAUGUAAAGGGGGCAGAGAAACUCAAUCAAAUGUGUUAACUCUUCAAUACUCAAGGUCAGGUACUGGUCUGGUGUUUGUCAUGGGGCUCCUGUACCGCUCUGUCUGGUCACUGCGGUGAGAGAGGUCGGCCGGUGUGACUAGGUAAACACGCAGAGGCCUGCUGGCCGUGACAGGCGUGGUCCCACUUGGCUCUUGCCAGACCCUGGGGAAGCCACAGUGGUGGUUGCAUUUACUGCUUAUAAGUGAGAUUCUUCAUGUGCUUUUAUUACCAGUGACUUAGAAUAGACAAGAGGUCGAUGCUGUUAGAGUCACCCUGCCCAGCCCUGGCGCCUUGGUUUUUCCAGUGUGCCCAGUAGUUAGAAGGUGAGGGAGUCCGGGGAGCACGUUUCAGCACAUUUCAGCUCAGCCAUGUGCUCCCGUGGUCCCCCUGAAUAGCCAGCCCCAGCAGGCAUCUUCAGGAGCCCUGUGGGGUCAUGGCCUCUGCGCGACCAGUAGGGUGCUCAACAGAGGGCCCGGGAAGAGCGCGAUGGGCCUCCUUUAGCAGCCUGUGGAAGCGGCCCAUGCCUUUCAGUUACUGAUGGGGUAUGGCUUCCUCUGCUAACAUUCCCAGCACAUCCUUGCUGCUAAGACUCACUGUUAGAGUGAAAAUUACAGGGAAGGUGUAAUGUGUGUACAUUAACUCCAAAUGUGAUCUUUCCUUAAAUUCCCACACUUUGGGAACUCAGUCUCCACUUUAAUCGUGGGCUGGUAUAGAAGCGCCUCAGAAUGUGUGGCUGUUACUGUAAACUCUACACCCCUUGUGUGACUGGGGGACUUGCCUCUCCUUCCCCAGUGUGUUCAUAGCUAAACUCCGUCCCCGAGGUUAGAUCACUUUUUAACAAAGUAUUAGAAAUGUCUGUAGAAUGUUUCAGUGUGGACUGAAAUUUUCAUUUUUGGUUUAAGAGCCUGUAACAUGGAUCAUGUAUGUGACCUAAAAUGAGGUGUGUGUCUCAUUCUGAAUCAGGUGUCGUUGCAUCUUGACAAAUGCUGAGCAUCCCAGUGGCCUUUUCUCAGACUGGCGUGUGUCCAUCUCAUCCUGAGCAUUCCCGGUAGGAAAGUGGGCAUCCUGGUUUGGAAGAAGUUCAGGUUGUGUUUCCCAUGGCAGGGCAAGUCUGGCUGCUUAGGGACUGGUUUUCCUUAAAAGGAGACUGUUUUACAACUUCAAUUCUGAAUCACAUUUUUGAUCUGCUGCAUGCCAACAUGCCUACCUGCUAUCGCGUUUGCUAUUAACUCAGACCAAUCCUCACUUAGAGCCUCCGGUUGUGUUGGAAAGGCAAAGCUGCGUGUUGGGGGCAUGUCAGUCAUAUUCCGGACCAGUCCACACGCAGGCACCGUGCACUGGGAGGCUGUGUACACCAAGUGGCACCCUCCUGACCCUAGUGUCCAUUCUCAUUCUGAACAUGAGGCUGUUAAAUAAAAAGUAGGCUGUCCUGUGGCACCGCAGGUGACAGCAAGCCACCUGGCCAGCUGGUCUCCCAGCCCUGCACUGUGAGCACAAGGCCUCCUGGUUGUACCAGGUUGGGCAUCCCAGGAAGGCCUGGGGACUCUCCCUGCAGCCACGAUUGUAGCGGGGAUGGGAAACCUACUUCCUAGCCAUCAGAUGGGUAAAUUGUUUGCUUUCUAUUUUAAGUAGGAAACUUUUUAAAAUACUUGAAUUAUCAGACCAUGUAAUCUCAGUUUGUGUUGGUUUCUGAAUGAUCCCACCGAGGACAUGUAACAAUCCUGGAAAUGUGAAUAAAUGGAGAGGAAACAAAA